GCCGGGCGGGCAGCGCCGAGCGCUCCCUCCCCAUGGAGCUGCUGCCCGGCCAGCGCUGAGCCCGCCGCCCCCGCCGCCCGCCCGCAGCCGCCCCCGAUGGAGCCCGAGGAGAGGAAGAUCUCGGUGUGGAUCUGCCAGGAGGAGAAGCUGAUCUCCGGGCUGUCCCGGCGCACCACCUGCUCGGACGUGGUGCGGGUGCUGCUGGAGGACAGCCACCACCGGCGGCAGCGCCCGGCGCCGCCCGAGCCCGCCGGGGGGAUGCUGUCGGGGCCGCCGCACUCCUACUGCAUCGUGGAGAAGUGGCGCGGCUUCGAGAGGAUCCUGCCCAACAAGACGAAGAUCCUGCGGCUCUGGGUGGCGUGGGGCGACGAGCAGGAGAACGUGCGCUUCGUGCUGGUGCGCAGCGAGGCUUCGCUGCCCAACGCGGGGCCGCGCAGCGCCGAGGCGCGGGUGGUGCUGAGCCGGGAGCGGCCCGGCCGCGGGCUGGGGGCGGCCCGGGCCAGCCUGGCGCUCACGCAGGAGCGGCAGCGCCGGGUGGUGCGGAAAGCCUUCCGCAAGCUGGCCAAGAUCAACAAGCGGCGGCAGCAGCCGCUGGCCCGGGAGGCCUCGUCGGCCGAGAGGAUGGAGACGCUGGUGCACCUGGUGCUGUCGCAGGACCACACCAUCCGGCAGCAGAUCCAGCGGCUCCGGGAGCUGGACCGCGAGAUCGACAGGUACGAGGCCAAGAUCCACCUGGACCGCAUGAAGCGGCACGGCGUCAACUACGUGCAGGACACCUACCUGGUGGGCACGGGCGAGCCCGAGGCGGGCCGGGAGCCGGGCCGGGAGCCGGGCCGGCCCGAGGAGGACUACGCCAGGAAGUGCGAGGAGGUGCUGCAGCUGCAGGAGCAGCGGGCGCAGCAGGAGGAGCUGCUGGAGCACCUGGCCGCCGAGAUCCAGCAGGAGCUCAACGAGCGCUGGAUGAAGCGGCGGCGGGAGGAGCUGGAGCUGGCGGCGGGGCCCGGGCAGGCCGACACGGACUGCGACACCACGGAGCUGAGCGGCGGCGGCGGCCAGGGCGAGCUGCACCUGGAGCACGAACGGGUCCGCACGCAGCUGAGCACCAGCCUGUACAUCGGGCUCAAGCUGAGCACCGACCUGGAGGCCGUCAAGAGCGACCUGGACUGCACGCAGCGGGCGUGGGAGGACAAGGAGCGGGAGCUGCAGCGGCUGCUGGAGACGCUGGGCACGCUGGAGGUGGCGGAGGCGGCGGCGGAGCCGUGCGGGGCGGCGGAGCCGUGCGGGGCGCGGCCGGCGGGCGGCUGGCUGCGCAAGGACCGCGCCGACAACGACGAGGACUCGGACACGGGGCUGAGCUCCAUGCACAGCCAGGACUCGGACUCGCUGCCCGUCUGCGAGUCCCUCGUCUAGCGCCCGCCCCGCACCGGGCACCGCGGAAACUCCCGGCGCGGGAGGCGGUCUGCGCGCAGGAAACAUUUUAAUUUGA